CCGACCCGCCUGCUCCAGAGGGAAUAUCGGGAGAAAACCCCGACCCGCCUGCUCCAGAGGGAAUAUCGGGAGAAAACCCCUUUCUGCCUUCUCCAGAGGGAAUAUCAGGAGAAAACCCCGACCCGCCUGCUCCAGAGGGAAUAUCAGGAGAAAACCCCAUUCUGCCUUCUCCAGAAGGAAUAUCGGAAGCUGCCGCUAUCCGAGCAGGGCUGGGGAAGGACGCAGCACCUGCCUCCCCGCCGGUUUUUAAGUAAUAAACCCAAAUCCAGGCGCCAUCCCAAAUCAUUCCCGGUUCUAGAUGGACGUGUCCCCGCCGUGUACCGACACGUGUUCGAAGGGAAUUUAAGGAACAGCGAAGCGGUGAUUAAAAGGUACUCGGAAUUGCUGGAGAGGGUGAAGAAAGGAGGGGGAGAAAACGCCGUCCUGCGGCACACGCAGCGCAACAAGAAGGUGUUGGUGCGGGAGCGCCUGAGGCUGCUGCUGGACCAUGCGGAUUUCCUGGAGCUGUCCCCGCUGGCAGGGCUGGACCUGCCCUACGGGGAUGUCCCUGCUGCCGGCUGCCUCACGGGAAUUGGCAGGAUCUGUGGGGUCUGGUGUGUCUUCAUUGCAAGUGAUGCCACUGUGAAAGGAGGAACCAUUUACCCAAUUGGAGUGAAAAAGCAAUUGAGAGCCCAGGAAAUUGCCAUGGAGAACAGGCUGCUGUCUGUGCACCUGGUGGACAGCGGGGGAGCCUUCCUACCCCUGCAGUCAGAGCUGUUUCCUGACAAGCUGCACGGUGGCAGGAUUUUCUACAACGAGGCAAUCAUGUCUGCCAUGGGAAUCCCUCAGGUGGCCGUGGUGUGUGGCUCCUGUGUGGCUGGAGGUGCCUAUGUGCCCACCAUGGCUGAGGAAUCCGUGAUCAUUGAUAAAAUUGGGACACUGUUCCUUGCUGGGCCACCCCUGGUGAAAGCUGCCACGGGAGAAGAUGUCUCUCCUGAGGACCUUGGAGGAGCCAGGCUUCACUCACAAGUCAGUGGCUGCAGUGACCAUUUUGCACUCUCAGAAGAGGAGGCCUAUGAGUGCAUUCGUAAUGUUGUCUCUACCUUAAACUGUGAACCAGUGCCACAGCAGGACAGGGAACCUGACAGUCCCUUGUACAGCCCUGAGGAGCUCCUGGGCCUGGCACCACUGGGUUACAGCUGCACUCUUCCUGUCAAACUGGUUCUGAGCCGGCUGGUGGAUGGAAGCAGAUUCCAGGAAUUCAAGGCUACUUAUGGAACAACACUAGUGACAGGAUUUGGCCAUGUGGAAGGGCACUUGGUGGGGAUAGUGGCCAGCAAUGGGGAGCUGGCUCACGAUGCUUCUCUCAAGGGCAGCCACUUUGUCCAGCUCUGUGGCCAGAGGGGAAUUCCCAUCCUCUUCCUCCAAAACACUGCUCCACAGCCAGCAGGGCCUGCAAGCAUCUCACAGGCAGAGGCUCAUUCCAAUAGGCUGAAGGCUCAGGCCUCCAUGAUGGCUGCAGUUGCCUGUGCUGCUGUUCCCAAAAUAACCAUUGUCAUUGGAGGCUGUUUUGGGAGUGACAGCUACAUCAUGUGUGGGAGAUCAUUCAGUCCAAACUUUCUGUUCCUGUGGCCCAAUGCAAGAGUUGGUCUUGUUGAUUCUCAACAUUUCCCCACAGUCCCACCAGCUGGGGACUGGACAGGAGAGGAACUGGAGCUAAAACAGCUGAAGGCAAAGCUAGAAGAAGAAAGCAGUGCCUUUUACUCCUCUGCCAGGCUCUGGGAUGAUGGGAUCAUUCUACCUCAAGACACCAGGAAGGUGAUUGCCCAGUGCUUGGAGAUCAUGGAACAGAAGAAGUACCACGCUGUGUCUCCCUGUCCCCAUCCCAUCAUCAGGAUGUAACUGCAGCCCCCUCAAACCAGAACCCUCUACCAGAACUCUGAGUAUAAACAUUUUAUAAUUCUUUGAUACCAUUAAUAAAAGUGUUGAACAACUGAAGACAAA